UAAAAUUUUACUGUUCAUUAUAUGUAUAAUAUAUGCUACGAUUAGGUCUAAAUCUUAACGCCGCAAAUACCAUAUCGUAGUAUAUUUGAUGGAUCAUGCUAGUUUUAAAAUUUUACCUAUACUGUACUCCGCACUACCAAUGUAUAUAUAAUAUAUAUUAUACGUAUAUAAUAUGUACAACUGUAUAUAAUAUGUAUAUAAUAGUACAAAGUGUCCGCGUUCUGAAAUUUUUAUUUUUACCCUACCGUACAAAGUGACCGUUUACCAGAAGUUUUAAUAGGAUAUGAAGUGCAUGGGUUCAGCUUGUUGUAAAUAAUAUAUUAUAUAUUGUUUGAAGUUUCUUACUUUUCUUGGUAUCAGCAAAAUUUGGGUCUCACGAUUCAGAGUACUAUAUUACUGACUUGGUUUUUUUUUUUACUUUUUUAUACAUUUAACUAAUUAAGAUUCAGAAUAAUAACAUAAAAAUCGGUAUUUAUUUUAUAACUCGAGUUAGAAAAGUACAAAACGGCUUUUACAAUUGUUACAGAUCCAUCGCAUAGAACAUAAUAAUAUAUUUUAUGACCGUGUCGUAGAUCUUACACUGGGGGGACGUGACCUCAGUGGCGGCUUUGGUACACGCAGCUGCCAAGCAAGUGCAUCUGGUGGGUGUUGGUGAUAGUGGAUGAUAAAUUUCACGUUAGAAAUCGCGGGCAUACUAGCAGCGUGCAGUAACCGACUGGCAGUCAGAACAACCGUACGCGAUCGACGAACAUCGGAUGUCAACAUGUCGAAUGCGACCACGGCGAUUUCGUCGCUGCAUUUGGCCACCACUGGCCAGUCCUCAUUGUUCCUGGAUACGCAACAAUUUGGACGGGCGACACAAGUUCCUGCUGCGUUGCAUGGCCACCAAUGAUUUCGUGGCGGAAAUCGGCAUGCUGGCUGUGACCAUCGUGAAGAACGUGUGGCCAGAGAUCGGGAACAACGUGUGGAGGUGUCGGCUGAUCGUGCUGUUGCGGUUCUUUGGGUUGGGCUCCGGUUGCGUGGCCGUCUUGAUGGCUGUCGAACGGUGGCUGGCCAUCACCCGCCCGUUUUUCUACCGUAUUUAUAUAACAGAAAACAUACUAAAACGAAUAAUGAUCAUGCUCUGGUUGACAGUAUUAUGUCUAGUUUGUGCGCCCUUCUUCGGGUUCGGUAUCUACUGGAAUAAUUCAAAGAUGUGUAGCCGUGUUGGCGAUGCUAAAGAAUCUUUGGACGUGAUUUACGCUUACGUGUACUUCAGCGUUGGUUUAUUAUUUUGCAUCGUGAUAACCUACUCAAAUGUAGACGUUAUAAUAAAACUGUCUACGAGAGAGAGAAUCAAUCACAGUAGGUUUAACGAGGUCCGCACAGAUGCAGAAAGAUUGUUCUGUUGGCUCAUGUUAUUCUUGUGUGCUUCUUUCGUCGUAUGUUGGCUCCCACAAUUGCUGUCAAUUCUGCUUGCCCAAUUUUGUCAAAACGCAUCACUGCUGAAAUGGUACAAUAAAAUUGCUGACUUGUUGUUGGUGCUACAUUUCUCGUUGGAUCCUUAUUUGUACGUACUACAACGAUGGAAGCUGGUCAGAUCGACUUUAAUAUGGUCAAAGUAUACAAGAGAUAACAUGGCCGGGGUAAUGCAGCUGUGUCCAAAUGCACAGUCAUCGGUUUAAUCUUGGCCAACGGCGUUUUGCUUCCUAUGACCGUAUAGAGAGAGAGAGAGAGUGGGGGAUAAAUGAAACCACCAUCGUCCUCUUCCCCCGAUCCAUCCAACCAAAAUUCUUCAUGUGUUCUACUACACAUUCGAAACCCAUGUUAUUAAUAUAAAUACAAAAAAUAAACUUGGGAUCGAUGGUCUCGGUCAUUAAAGGCUUUCUUUAAAAAAAAAAAAUUGUUUUAAUGUUUAUAUACAUAUUUUUAAUAUAUGUGAUAAGGUUUUGAUUGGAAUAUGAGCAUAAAGUGGCCGGUAAAUGGCAUUUUUUGCAAUUGUUUUGAUUUGACUUUGUUGUUUUUAAUUUUUAUACUUUACUCAUAAAUAUUUUA